AUGCUUCCGUUGACAUUUGUGAACGCUUGUGAUUACGAUAAAGUGCAGCCAAGCGAUAAAGUAUCAAUUUUGGGCCUGAAAGAUUUCGCUCCCGGAAAGCCAUUGAAAUGUAUCUUGAAACAUGCGGACGGGACGAAGGAUGAGUUGUGGCUAAAUCAUACAUUCAAUGCGCAACAGAUUGAA